UAAAAACUGAGGUGUCAACAAUGAGCUCUUCACCUGAAUCCACUGCGGUCUCCGAGGGCAUCGCCUCAGUACCCGACACUAGCUCGUCUAUCCCUAUAGAAGGCAUUGCAACGCUACUAACCGUGGGGUUGGGACUAUUCUACUGGUUCUGCUUCCGCCCAGGACGCAUUCGCUCCCCCACUUCACCCCCCACCAAUGCAGAACGAUUGUCUGCAGCAUUCAUGAAUGAGCGUUUUGCUGUGUUUGUGGAGCACGAAAUAUCUGCAAAUGAGGCGGCGCUAUUCGUGGCGGAUGGAGGUCGCAUCGAGCCGUUCCGAGCGCUAUAUGACGCGCUCCGAGUUCCACUCCACGUCGUGGACUUGACACGGAUAGCUGGUGGUUCAAAAGUGCUGGUAGCUCUGCACGAGACGUACGCGGGACAGGUCGAACACGAGUAUUUAUUUGUCAGAGGACAGUUGGUGGGGGGACUGAAACAGCUGCGUGGUCUCUUGAUUGACGGACAGAAGGAACAGCUUGGAGAAAAAUGUGACUGGAGUCACGUUCGAGUUGAUAGGAAAAGUAACACUGGCUUCAUGAUUCUCAGUACAAUGAACGGCUUUCAAGGCGUUGAGGAGGUUGAGGAGAAGACUGUCAACUUGGAGACGAGACCGCUGCGUACGGUGGAGGAACUUCGCACUUUUGACCCGAUGACACUUGUGGGGUGUUGUGUGCCAAUUGCAUCUUGCUCCAGGAAGCAACGCAGACGCAGUAAGCUGCUUGUGUGCCAUGACAUGAAAGGAGGAUACCUGGAAGACAGAUUCAUACAGGGAUGCGACGACUUUGAUGCGUAUCGAUUCUAUCAGUGGGAUCUGGUGGACUUGUUCGUGUACUUUGGACAUGCGCUAGUGUGUCCACCACCCAGCGGGUGGAUCGCUGCCGGCCAUCGUCAUGGUACCCGUGUUUUAGGUACUUUUCUGACUGAAGGUGAUGAAGGUACAGAGUUAUGCAAAGAACUGUUUCAAGAUGCUCAAUCAGCCGAGAUGUUUGCAUCAAAAUUGGCUGCUAUUGCUUGGCACGGUGGCUUCGAUGGAUGGCUGAUUAACGUGGAAAACGACGUUCCUGCUGAGCUUGUGAGCAAUAUUGACGUGUUUCUGCGCACUCUCCGCAAGGGCAUGCAGCUUCAAAACCCACUGGCACAAGUCGUGUGGUAUGGCAGUCUCUCUAGAUCGGGUAAACGCAGUUCAUACGCUCGUUUGGACGAAUCUAGCAGCGAGUUCUUCCGUAACGUCGAUGGCUUCUACGUUGACUACGGCUGGACACUUGACGACGCGAAAUUCUCAGCUGCUUUUGAUCUAGAUCGUCGUUACGAUAUCUUCAUGGGUAUCGAUGUGUUUGGAAGACACGGCAUGCUUGGAGGUGGGAAAAUGAAGUGUGGCGAGCCGCUUCGUCUGGCGUGGAAUGCAGGCGUGUCUGCUGCAGUCUUUGCCCCUGGAUGGACUUACGAAUGCUACCAGCAUGAGGUACAACAAGACUUUGUCGUUGUCGAGAACCGCUUUUGGAGUACUGUACGGGAGAGCUGGAAAGGGAAGAGUCCGUGUUAUGAUGCGUUGGGGGGACAGAAUUGCCUCUACACUGCAUUUAACAUUGGUCGUGGCGUGGGUGUCUGGACGGAGGGGAAGCGUGUGGGGACUUCAACAUGGUCCAACAUGACAGAGCUGGACAUCCAGCCAGACCAGGCGCUGCAUGUUGGUAAAAUCGUCACUACUGCUACGGGGUCUAUGCAGGCUGUUAUCUCGCACGAUACAGCCCUCCACGGAGGUGCAAGCGUGCAAUUACAGGGCCAAUUAGUUGGACGGGAAAAAUCGUAUUUCAAGCUCUUCGACGUGGAUAUUGAGUUCUCGCCACGCCGCGUUAUGGAGAUUUCAUACACGACAGCAACACGCGAGGAAUCAGUGUGUCUACUAGUGUUGACAGUGUGUCCGGGUCUGGAUCGUGCUACACAUUACGUGAUCCUACGCUCCGUGGACGACUCGGGGCCGGACUCUGGGGAUAAUCGAGUGGACCUUAAGAAAACGCUGUCAACGGUUGCGAAGGCCUCAUUGGAGAAGCAUUUUUACUUGCCAGUCUCCACUGAGGUUUUCGACAUGGAAGGUGUCAAUGCUGAAGCUGUGCAAGGUAUCACCUCUGAUGGCUGGUGCAAGAAGACGUAUCGUCUAGGAGGGCAGCUUUGGGAUCAGAAACAUAUUGUGGAAAUUGGCGUAUUGUGCACCAAGAAAAUUAGGAAAGUCUCCGGUGAGCGCAAAGACUAUUUGGCUUAUAUUGGAGAGGUUUGUGUGGUUGGUAACAGUGGCAAACCUGCCGUGAAGGCGGCCCACCGAGAUAUACACAGCCAGCCAAGAUGCUGCGAGAACGCGAGGAUCACGUCUUUCAAGCGCAACGAUGCUGAGUCGGUAUCUUUUGGAGUGCAAUGGAAUUUUACAGCGGAUGGAGAGCUUGUGCGCUAUGUGUUGGUGUUUACCUGCAUCGACAACGGUGAGCGGAUUUUCGUGGGUAAAAGCUUUGACAAUUUCUUAUGGUUGGACAAGCACGCAUGGCAACGACGAGAGCGAGCCACGUCAUCUUCGUCGCACGCAUCGACUCGCCUCACGAUUGAGCUGCGCAGUGUAUCAUGGGCCGGACAGAGUAGUACUUGCGUUUGCCAAUUGCAUUUGGAAGAGUAAAGUGCUAGAGAGCUUCGAUACUCCAACCUUGAGUCAAGUUAACAACUGAAGCAAGAAAAAAAGAUGUAGCGAUCAGUGCCGCCGCAAUUUUAGAGACUGUCAUUGGUUGACGCGGAUAAGAACGAUGUUCUGAACUAGCUUUCUCGAACAUACCGG